AUGUUACCUGUGCAACACGGUAACAUGAUUUCAAAAAAAUCGAAUGAAUUUAAUCAGGCGAUGUUACCUGUGCAACACGGGUAUAUCGGUAUCUUGAUUUUACUACUUUUAAAUGUUAUGCAAACCCACGCAUGGACUUUGACAUUGUACACAGAGAAGAACUAUGGAGGGCAAGUUGUGGUGAUUGACGGCGAGGCUGAUCAAUCCGUUACGCUAAAAACCUCAUAUCCAAACUUUGAUAAAACCGUAUCUUCAUUCGAUUGGUCGAGAGGAUGGCUCGAAAGCUGUUGUAUUAGGUUUUAUGAGGGAACCACACAAGUCGGGUUUUCAUGUCCUAGUUGGCAUAAGCCGUCCUUAAUUCGCGAUAAUGCUAUUACAGCAUUCGAAGUAACCGAUUGUUAA